AAUUGACUAUUGUAUAGUUAGAGAAAUAUAAGGUGAGACCAAAAAAAUAGUUAAGUCUAAUGAAAGGGUCCAACAACUUUUCAUAUGUAGAUUUUUUAAAACUUCUUCCCUUUUAAUAGUAUAGAUGGAUAAUAUUUGAAAAAAAUAGCCAGGCGCGGGGGUUAACUCCUAGUGCAAUAUGAAAUCAAUCUUUGUCGCUUUUUGGCGGAAAAGAAAAACGCAGAGAAAUAGAAAGAGAAAGAAGAUGGCGAGCUUGGCUUCGGGUCCCGACGGAAGGAAACGGCGCGUGAGCUACUACUACGAGCCAUACAUCGGCGACGGUAUGGAAUCCCAACAGAUCCGUACGACUCACAAGCUCAUCCGCAGCUAUUACCUCCCUCGCUACAUGGAUAUCAUCCGCCCUCGCGCUGCCCACCAUUCAGAUUUCACUAAAUUCCACUCGCCGGAGUACAUAUCAUUCCUCCGCUCAGUCACGCCGGAGUCGGCUAGGUUGAAAACCGCGACGGAUCCUUCCUUCAAGCGCUUCAACUUAGACGCGUGGGACUCCCCUGUCUUCAGUGGCCUCUUCCCAUAUUGCCGUCUCUACGCCGGUGGUUCUAUUUCCGCCGCCGAGAAACUGAACCGACACGAAGCUGAUAUCGCCAUCAAUUGGUCCGGCGGGAUGCACCGUGCCAAGAUAGAUAAGGCUUGUGGCUUUGGCUACGUCAACGACGUUGUUCUUGGGAUCCUCGAGUUGCUUAAGGUCUUCAAGCGAGUACUCUACAUAGAUAUUGGCUACUACCAUGGGGAAGCAGUACAAGAAGCAUUCCACAAAACUGAUAGAGUUAUGACUGUUUCUUUCCACAAGUCUGGGGUCGACCAAAGAAGAGGAGACAUAACAGACUACGGGGUAGGAAAGGGAGAAUACUAUUCUCUAAAUGCACCACUGAAGAAUGGUCUGGACGAUGCAAGUUUCGCCACUUUAUUUGUACCUAUCAUCCAAAAGGCUAUGGAGGUUUAUCAACCAGAAGCAAUUGUUCUUCUGUGCGGCCCUGAUUCAUUAUCUGGUGAUGCGUUGGGUAAAUUCAACUUGUCUGUCAAGGGUCAUGGUGCUUGUCUCGGGUACAUAAGAUCAUUUAAUGUUCCUCUCCUGCUCUUGGGUGGUCAAGGUCACACUCUUGGAAAUGUUGCACGUUGCUGGUGCUAUGAGACAGGUGUUGCGGUUGGAAAAGAACUCAACGACGAUUGCCCUAUGAUUGCGGACGACGAUUGUUUUGCCCCAAGUUAUAAACUUCAUAUCGAGCCAAACCCCAUGGAGAAUUUAAACACAGACGGAGAUAUUGCAAAAAUAAAGAAGACACUACUAAAGCAACUUUCGCAAGUGAUACACGCACCUAGUGUGCAGUUUCAAGACACUCCACCAAUCAGUCAAGUUACAGAAGCGGUAAGAAUUAUUUAUGCACUGAUGUUACAUCUUUUCUUAGUUCCGGGUUAGUUCUUUUUACAUAUGAGGCCCUUUAGAUUCUAAUUUCAUAUCUGCAGGAGGAAGAGGACAUGGAGACGAGAUAAAAUCAACGUAUAUUGACUGCUAGUGCUAGUUACGAAUCAGACUCUGACAAGGACAAGUUUUUUCUCGGUUAAGGCCUUCAUACUUCACCUCCUUGUGAAUAGUUUUACCAACAUGUACAUAUAGAACAAUAGGGUGUAUAAACAUAGCACCAUUGUUAGUACAUAUAUCAACAUUGUAAAUAAGCGUGGUUACAAUAUUAGUGAUAUUAAAUGAAGUUCAAACAACAGAUUGUUGUCUGCUGUGCUGUCUCUAGAACACCAUCAAAUAUCAGCUUUAGUUUAUUCCUUGUUAUUUCUGGUGAAAGCUGUACCUUCAUUUCUUGGCCUGUAACAUGUUAGGAUCAGUAUAUGAGUUACUAGGAUCGGUCCGCCCUACGGGCGGGAUAUACUUUACUUGUGAUCUAUGUUAUUAUUUUUUGUAUGAUUUUGUGGUUUAUGUUUUAGGUUUGCAUUUGCAAGAAAUAUACAUAUGUGCAAUAAUUAUUUUUUUUUAGAAAAGUUUAAGUGAAGAAAAAUUAUAUGUGAUAAAUAUGUUUUGCUUGUUUAUAAUAGUUGUUUCUGUUAUUAAAAAAAAAAUAAUAGUUGUUUUUAUAUAAGGAGAUGUGACAUUGAUACGCUGUGAGGGGUUCAAAUGGACUUCAUGUGAUUUCUUUUUACGAAACUUUAUGUGAUUGGGUUCAGAAGAAUUGAGUUUUGGGUAACUUUUGUUAUAAGAGUUAUUAUUUUUAUGUUGAAAUCAUAUUCUUACGACAUGCUAUUAUAAUUACGACAUGCUAUUAGAACGGAAAUGGUGAUUAUUUGAGAUUACAUUUUUUAUUAAAAGUAAAAUGUUAUAUUGAGUACGAAGAGGGUAAUAAAGCAAAGCUAAUAAAAAAAUGGAAUAUGGAAAUUUUGAAUUGAUUUUGUUUUAUUGGAUUAGUUAUAUAUUAUGUUAGAACAAUUAUUUUCAUGAAAAUUUACUUAUAUAUGAUAUUUAAAUAUUGAGAAUCAAAGAUGGUUGAGUAAAUUACAUAAUCCCAUGCAUAGUUAUGAUUCUAUAAAUAAAACAAUAACCCUUUUUUAUUAAGAAAGUAAAUACUUUAUUUUAUAUACUCUUAUUUAUUUUUAUCAAAUUAUUGUGCAUUACAGUACCCUCGUUCAGACUUUACAGUUAUUUACUUUAAUCUUCACUAUUACAAUUGAAUUACGUUAGUUUAUUUUAAUUUGAGUUCCUUUGUUUUUUUUACUUUUUCUAUUUUAGGACAAAGUCUAGCUUAAAGUAAGAAAAUAAAACUACAAUUGUUUAUUGUAAUAGUGGUGUUUGUUGUUGCUAUAUAUUUUUUUACUGUUUCCGAAAUAAUGCCAAAACAAUACGAAACCAAAAAUAUGAUUAACCAAAAGAUGUUCAUAGCCACAACAUAAAUACUAAAAUUACCAGCAGUACCAAUCAUACUUCAACAAACGAAAACCAUAGCUAAUUAAUUAAAAAGUUGCAACUUGCAAGACAACUACAUUAUUUAGUGAAGGGUAAAAAACUUAAGAAGCAGAAAUGAAAUUGAGAAAGUUUUGGCCAGCUUCACUGUCUCCAUAGUUGGAGUGAUCAGGACCCUUGUCAGCAUCCGUUGUUUCCUCCUUCGUGUUGACCAGUGGAUCAGUUUGCAGAGAAUUUGGUUCACCAAUUCAUAUGUAGAGAAACAAAAUGGAAAUUGACGAAUCAAGUACCAAGAAGACCAAAAUUCAAAACUAUUCUCCUUCAUUCUGUUAUAAAUAUAACAAAAUAUGAAAAUACAUACAUAGCAAGCUAAAUAGUGCGAUUCUGGAAAGCACUUUUGGCUGACUAACUCCAGAUUUGAUUCCACAAAUGGAAUUACUAUCCAAAGACAAAAUUGACUGAAAAAAAUAUUAACAUAAUAAACAAUUGGCAUGAUGUGCAGAAACACUGACGAAGACGUAGCUUACCUUUUCCCUUUCUAUGUUCCGUUCUUCGAUGGAUCCACCAAUCGCACAACAACAUCGUGUUCAAGCUUCAUCAACACUUGGUAUCUUAACCACUGCAGCAGCUCGAACAAUGCUAUCACUGCAUCAUUCUUCUCUUUUGGGGACCCGUGAUCGAGAAGGUCCAGUUAAGCAAGUAUCACACUGCCGUUUAUGAUCUUGUUUACACCGGCUACCGUAAGUGUAAAGAGUGUCAUUGCUGCG